GUAGCUCUACUUUGGCAUACUCAACCCAACUGUGGAUUACAAAGUUGGCUAUUGACAUAAAGGGGUUUUCCCUUUUCACCCAUCUAAAGCAUAGACUCAAAAUGACCCUCACCGAAAUCCUCAGUGCUUCUGACAUUGCUGCUGCCCUGAGGGAGUGCCAAGCUCCUGACUCCUUCAAUUAUAAAAAAUUCUUCCAAACCUGUGGGCUGACUAAAAAGACAGCCACCCAAGUGAAAGAGGUCUUCCGGAUUGUAGAUAAUGAUCAGAGCGGGUUUGUUGAAGUGGAAGAGCUCAAGUUCUUCCUCCAGCGUUUUGACUCAAGCGCCAGAGUGCUGACUACCACAGAAACUAGAGACUUUAUGGCUGCCGCUGACCAUGAUGGGGAUGGGAAAAUCGGAGCUGAUGAGUUCCAAGAAAUGGUUCAUUCUUAAGCAAGAUUUGGACUCCAGGCGUGCACACAGCUCAGUGAACUGAUCAGGGAAACAAGGACUGUAGUGGCCACAAUAAUGGCGCAUCACAUCACAUCCAUAUCAUUCCUCAGCAAGGGAACGUAGGAAUCAGCUUGGUGGAUCGAAUGAAAUACAGUGUUGUUAAAUGUGCAAUGUACUGAUAGUCACUGAACGUAUUGAUGGACCAA